GCAGGGCCGUCCACGCCGCGCAGCGCCCGCCUGCGCUUCCGCUUCUCUCAGGAGCUCCGUGGGAGCGCCGAGGUCCUGCACGCGGACCUCCACCUCUUCUGGACCUCCCCAGGUCCUGGCAGGGAGCAACCCGUGUCCGUGCGGCUGCUGAGCGGGGACGCGGAGCGGAACGGCACGGCGCUGAGCGAGGCGGUGCUGGAGGCGCACGGGGAGGGCUGGGCGGCGCUGGACGUGAGCGCUGCGCUGCGGAGCGUCCUGAGCAGCGGCUCCGAGCGGCUGACGGUGGAGCUGAGCACGCCGCGACCCCCCGGCCCCCCCCUGCCCGCCCACGGCGACGCCCACCGCCCCUUCGUGGCCGUCCGAGCCCGGACCGGGACCCCCCAACUCCUCCGCCGCCGCCGGGGCAUCGAUUGCGGCGGGGCCACGCGGAUGUGCUGCCGCCAAGAGUUCUUCGUGGACUUCAAAGAGAUCGGCUGGGAGGAUUGGAUCAUCCAGCCGGAGGGCUAUCACAUGAACUACUGCUCCGGGCUGUGCCCCCCGCACGUGGCCGCCGCCCCCGGGGUGGCCGCGUCGUUCCACACCGCCGUCCUCAACCUCAUCAAGGCCAACAACGCCGACGCGGCCGCGGAUUCGUGCUGCGUCCCCACGCUCCGCCGACCGCUCUCGUUGCUCUACUACGACCGCGACAGCAACAUCGUCAAAACCGACAUCCCCGACAUGAUCGUGGACGCGUGCGGGUGCACUUAAGGCGC